AUGGGUAAUGUUAAUAGUUUAAUAAAUGUAACAUUAGAUAAAGUUGAACCAGCAGUGUAUUUAUCUGGUGAUAUAAUAAGAGGUAAUGUUCAGUUUAAUAUAACUCAACGAACAAAACAAAUUGAUGAAAUAUAUUUAUCAUUAACUGGUGAUAUUGGUUAUACAACAACACGUACAAUUCGAAUUCAAAAUGGACAAAUGGAAAGAAAAACUGAUUAUCAUAAUAUUAGAAUAUUUGAAAAAAAAAUUCUAUUAGAUCGACCUUUAAUUAAUGAUCAAACAAGAAUAGAUAUUAAUCAAAAUGAUAUAAAAAUUUUUGAAGCUGGUAUAUAUAAAUAUCCAUUUUCAAUACGUUUACCAGAGAAUUUACCAGCAACAUUACAUCCAGAAGAUUAUCCAUUUGUUCGUUAUGAAUUGCAAGUUUUAAUUGAAAAAAAAUGGUAUCAUUCAAAUGAUCGUCAUCGUUAUCCAAUACGUAUUUAUCCUCGAGUAAAUCUUUUUAAUAUAAAUUAUUGUCAAAGUUCAGUUAAAUUUGGUACUAAACGUAAAGAUAUAACAAUAAAAUGUAUUUUACAACAUGCUGCUCUUAUACCUGGUCAACAAACAUUAUUAUCACUUGAUAUUUAUAAUCCAAAUCGUCUAUCAAUAAAACGUAUUGAUGUUUGUUUUAUACAACGUUAUGAAAUUGAACAAUGUCGACGUCGUUUAGAACUUAUUCGUUUAUCUAUUCCUCAAUUAAAUAAUAUUUAUCUUCAACAUAUUGAAACAACAUGUCCAUUAAUUAUUCCAUUAGCUAUUCCUCCAUCAUUUAAUUAUAAAAGUCAAAUUAAUAGAACAAUUGUACAUGUUGAUUUACAUUAUGAUUUAAAAUUAGAAAUUAAACUCAAAGGACUUUUUCAAGAUUUUGAUCUACAAGUUCCUGUUAUUAUUGCUACUGAUUCAUCUCAACAUCCAACUUGUCAUAGAAUAACAUCAUCAAUUUUAACUAAAAAAAAUUUUGUUAAACUUAAUUUUGAUAAUGAUAAUGAUAAUGAUAAUGAUAAUGAUGAUAUACCUCCACCACCAUAUGAAUCAGUUUAUUUUGAUGAUAUACCUAAUAAUUUAUAA